GCGCCGCCGGCUGCACCAUGGCCUCGGUGUUCGGGAAGCCCCGCACGGGCAGCAGCGGGGUGCACAGCGCACCCCUGGAGGUCAACCUGGCCAUCCUGGGGCGCCGCGGGGCGGGCAAGUCCGCCCUCACGGUGAAGUUUCUGACCAAGAGGUUUAUCAGCGAAUAUGACCCCAACUUGGAGGAUACUUACAGCUCUGAGGAGACUGUGGACCACCAGCUUGUCCACCUGAGGGUCAUGGACACCGCAGACCUGGACACCCCCAGGAACUGCGAACGCUACCUGAAUUGGGCCCAUGCCUUCCUGGUGGUGUACAGCGUGGACAGCCGCCAGAGCUUCGAAGGCAGCAGCAGCUACCUGGAGCUGCUGGCCCUGCACGCCAAGGAGACUCAGCGUGGCUACCCUGCUCUGUUGCUAGGCAACAAGCUGGAUAUGGCUCAGUAUAGGCAAGUCACCAAGGCCGAGGGUGCAGCAUUGGCUGGCAGGUUCGGAUGCCUGUUUUUCGAGGUCUCUGCUUGCCUGGACUUUGAACACGUGCAGCACGUCUUCCAUGAGGCUGUGCGGGAAGCCCGGAGGGAACUAGAGAAGAGUCCUCUGGCCCGGCCCCUCUUCAUCUCCGAAGACAGGGCCCUGACCCACCAGAUCCCAUUCACUGCCCGCCAUGGGCUAGCCAGCUGUACCUUUAACACUCUCUCCACUGCCAACCUAAAGGAGAUGCCCACUGUGGCCCAGGCCAAGCUGGUCACUGUGAAGUCAUCCCGUGCCCAGAGCAAACGCAAGGCGCCCACCCUGACCCUACUAAAGGGCUUUAAGAUCUUCUGAGGGCCUCCCCCCCCCCCGCUGUUAUAGGAAUCCGGGGUUCAGCCACUGGGAUGUGGACCCCCUCUGAUGGACCAACAGUCUUUGACCUCUGGUGGACAGAUGACUUUUAAGUCCAGCACCAAGCAUUGGUUGUCCAUUCAAUUCACUGUUCAAGCCACAGGCCUUGAUCUCUGUGGUCACUGCUACAUCCAUGACCCUGGAGGAAAAUACCCACUGCUACAUAGCCCAGAGAUCAGGGGUCAUGCUUAUGUAGGAAGAAUCUGCUGCCUUGGCCCCUGUCUGCUUCAUCUACAGCAGCAGCCCCUAGUGGCAUCUCUUGAUGGACAGUUCUGACAUCUGUCUUAGAGAACAGCUUGUUAGGACCGAUGGUCCUGGGGCCACAGCGCCACCUGGUGGACAGUACACGCAUGGUGGCUGAUCCAGAGACAGGAGCCUGGAUCCUGUCCGAGAGAGCAAACCCUACAGUUUAUCCAAGGAAAAUGUCUAAUAAUCCUACAGGAAAAGUCUAGAUGGGGCAAAGAGGUCCAAGGUCCUUUGCCUCUCAAUGAGGGGACAAGAGAGGGAGGGAGGGAGUUGUGAAUUGUCUAAUUUAGGGAGGUAUUUUGUUAAGGACUUUGUCCAUGGAUGCCCCCAGGACCCACCUCUUCAAAUUUAAUGACCAAGGCUGCAGAAUGAAGCCAUUCUGUGCAGUGACAAUUGCAGCAGGCACACAGCUGGCAGAAUCACGCUCCCUCUGGUAGACACUGAUGACCUGCCCUACGGUAGUUAGGUCUGCUUUGGCCAGACCCAGAUCCUCAGUAAUGAGUCUGGGUGUUCAAAGCCCACUUUUUAUUUUUUUAUUUGGUUUUUAUUUUUUGCACCGGUACUGGGGCUUGAACUC